CCGUCUUGUCUGCAAAGUCCUCCGCUGCUCGGAACUUGUUGGCAAUGCCUAUUUUUCAGCUUUCCCCCACGUUCUCCAAAGUAACUAUUUAAAGAUCUGCAGCCGCAAAUGGUUUUACUAAAUGUAGGAUGGGACUUAAGUUGAACGGCAGAUAUAUUUCUCUGAUCCUUGCUGUACAGAUAGCGUACCUGGUGCAGGCGGUGAGAGCGGCGGGGCGGUGCGAUGCGGUCUUUAGGGGCUUCUCGGACUGUUUGCUGCGGCUGGGCGAUAACAUGGCCAACUACCCGCAGGAUCUGGACGACAAGAGAAACCUCCAAACGAUCUGCGCGUACUGGGAUGAUUUCCACGCUUGCACCCUCACAGCGCUCACCGAUUGCCAGGAAGGAGCGACAGACCUCUGGGAGAAAUUGAGACGGGAAUCCAAAAACCUCGAUUUCCAAGGCAGCUUAUUUGAACUGUGCGGAGGCGGCAGCGGCGCGGCACCGUCUCUCCUCCCGCCGGCUUUGCCCCUGCUCUUGGCGGCUCUGUGGGCCGCCCUAGUGACCUGGCUGCCUUUUUAGGGGGGGCGAGCACACCCACACCCAACACCUUCUCCAUGUGCUGGAUCUCUAGAGGAAGUGUCCAUCCGUUGCUUUGGGGACGUUGUGCUUUUCUGUGGUUGAUGAUGAUGAUGGUGGUGGUGGUGGCUGAUGGUGGUGAAACACCCAUAUAGGACUGUGGAAGCGUUCUCUCUUUCUUUUAAUUUAGUUUUUCUUUUGUGUUUUAUUUGCCAAAUGUUACCAAACAGGCAGCGGCGCGCAGCCCAAAUCGGACCUCAGCUUUACUAUCGCUUUGAAUCAAAAAACGAAAAGAAAAAAUAGAAAAGAAAGAAAGAAAGGAAAAAAAGACCCCAAACCCCAAACUCGAGCCCUCGUUGUGCAAAAGCAAAUCUCAGGAACCGCUCUGGGCCACCUAACGUUAAGGUUGUAAUCGGCCGGGCUACCUCCCGGCGGGCCACGGGCUCCUCUCCAAAUGUGGCAACGUGCGAGGCGAGCACAAAAACGCAGACACACACUAAAAAACAAAGGCACUGGCGAUGAAUCCAAGGUAGAUGUCCACGUGUGAAGCAUAUGGUGAAUAAUUCACAAUCUCUCAUCUUUCCUCCACAGUCGCUUGUUUUUUGGUCAUUCCACUGCAAAGAAAAAAAAGCAAAAAAAAAAAAAGCAAAAAAAAAAAAAAAGCGCAAAUCCAACCUUAAAAAUUAAAAAGUGCAUUUUUCCUCAAGGGGAAAAAGAGAGCAAGAGAGUGAGAGAGAGAGAGAGAGAGAAGAGGGGGAAACGAACAGGGAAGGAAGGAAAGAGCGAACGAAUGAAGGAAGGAAUGAAAAGAAGAGCGAGAAAUGUGUCUAAAUGCCCAGAGGAGUGAAGGAAUGCUGCUAACAGAUCUCCGAGAGUUUACCUUUACUUGCUGUUUGAAGGCAUCUUUCCAAAUUCACUGCCUUUAAUUUUUCUCCUCCUCUUUGUUUUUAGAUGUUACACAUACCAGUAAAAUACCUGAAUAUCCAACCGUAGAGAUCACAAAAAGGGGGCUUAAAUGUAAAUCGAAACAAAAGACAAGCAAAACAAAACACCGAUAACAUCAAAAUUAUUUUGGAAAAAAAAAAAAAAGAGCCUUGAUUUUAAAAGAGAAGAAAAAUGUAAUUUAAACAAAAGUUUAUUAUAAAGUCAAA